AUGAUAGAAAGUGGAAUUACAUCCAGGAUGUCAGGAGUUCUAGAAAAUUCAGGUCAUCAUCCCUCUCCACAAGAUUACAGACUUCUGACCACAGACCCCUCCCAGCUUCAAGAGGAUCUCCCUGGGGAACUGCAGUCUCUGUCAUGGCUCACAUCUGUAGAUGUUCCCCGGCUGCAGCAGAUGGCCGAUGGUCGCGGUGGUGGCGGAGGGGACUUCAACGGGCCUUCCCAGGGGCAGGGGGGCAGCCUGCUUGAGCAGCAGACAGCUCAGCUGAACAACAUGACCAUGGCAGGGGGACAGGGAGCCAUGAUCCACCUACAGAGCAACAUGCAGCACAGCCCCCUGGGAAUUAACGUCAUCACCCCCCACAGCGGAAAUAUGUCUCCAUUCUCCAUGAAUGGGCAGCCCUCCCCAGGGUACCAAUGCCCUACCUCUGCCUACCAACCUACAGCCCAACAAGUUUUCACUCUGACCCAGGCUAGCCAGCAGUGUUCUCCUGCUGGGUUCUAUAGCAAUGUCUCCUUCAACAACCAAAACCUGUUCACACAGCCGCGCCUGGCUCCACAAAACCAGGACCUACAGCCCAAGUCUUUCCCCAAGCCCAUCUACUCCUACAGCUGUUUGAUUGCUAUGGCUCUGAAGAACAGCAAGACGGGCAGUCUCCCUGUCAGCGAGAUCUACAGCUUUAUGAAGGAGCAUUUCCCCUACUUUAAGACAGCACCAGACGGAUGGAAGAACUCAGUCCGACACAACCUGUCCCUAAACAAGUGCUUUGAGAAGGUGGAGAACAAGAUGAGCGGCUCCUCGCGUAAGGGUUGCCUCUGGGCCCUGAACCCGGCCAAGAUCGACAAGAUGGAAGAGGAGAUGCAGAAGUGGAAGCGCAAGGACCUGCCAGCCAUCCGUCGCAGCAUGGCCAACCCAGAUGAGUUGGACAAGCUGAUCACGGACCGGCCAGAGAGCUGCAGACGAAAGCCCAUGGACCCCGGGAUGACCCGUCUCCCCAGCUGUCCGUCCGGCCUAACCCUGCCUGUCCCAGGCCAGAUGCAGCCCCAGCCCGUGGUCACCCUGUCCCUGCAGUGCCUGCCCAUGCACCACCAGCUUCAUGCCCAGCUCCAGGCCAAUGCCCAGGCCAGGCUGGCCUCGGUAUCCCCCGCCCAGACACCCCUUCACACCGUUCCUGACCUCUCCCACAGCCCUCUUGCCACCGAGCAUCCCGGCAAGCAGCCUCAUGACUUCUACAGUGUCCACGGUGACGUCAACGCAGAGGUGGACGCACUGGACCCCAGCAUCAUGGAUUUCGCUCUACAAGGUAACCUGUGGGAGGAGAUGAAAGACGACAGCUUUAACCUGGAAGCAUUGGGCACCUUCAGUAACUCUCCCCUUCGUUUGUCUGACUGUGACCUGGGCGCCAUGACCGGCAGCCUCCCUCCUGUCUCUAGUGGAGGCAGCAUGCCCUUCUCAGACCUGCAGGCGACGGGCCUGUUCACCUCAUACGCCACCCUGGAUGCCCUCUCCUCCCAGUACAUGGGCACGCCAGGCAACAGCAAGCCCAUCACCGCCCUGCUUUAA